AUAACUCGGGUUCAUUAUGAUCGUAACAUAUAACAUAUAUGACAGAUAAAAAUUUUCCAUUGGAAUUGUUCUCUAUUCUAUGAUCUAACCAAGAAAUUGUCAUUUUUGUAAUCCGAGUUGUAAGCAAUCACCGGUAAGUCCACAAGCAUGCAGGACCAUCAAAACAGUCUUCUUAUUCAUAAUUAGAAGAUCUGUUAAACACCUAAUUAGCUAAAUUUAGCCAUUGAAAAAAGCAUAAAUCGCAAUUCCCUUGCUAAUUCAUCCCUUUGCUCAUCACCACCCACCUUUUCACACAUAUGUCCAAAACAGUUGCAUGUGCUUGAUCUUAAGUUGUUCAAUUUCAUUUCACCUUCAUUCGGAAAAAAGAAACAGAAAUUUAUUCCAGAAAUUGAAAUCAAUUAGCGUGGUUAAUAUCAAGAUAUGAAGUUUGGAUUUAAGGCUGCAUCAUCAAAUGAGGUUUUCUUUUCUAUGUUAAAUUUUAUGGGUUUCUAUUAAAUUAUAAUAACAACAUAUGCACAUGUUUCUAACCCAUGAAAAUAUUUCUUCCUAUUUUUUAAGUUUCAAAUCUGAAGUUCAAUUUAUGAAUUCCUGUCCCUUAAAAGAUUAAUGCUCAGGAAACCAAUCCUGCAAUGGCGAACAACCAGAACAACAAGAUGAAAGGCGUUUUGAAAGGCCUAAGAUACAUUUCUCAAAUCUUUGAUACUGAAAAAGAACCUGAAAUGCAGAUUGGGCUUCCUACAGAUGUGAAGCAUGUUGCCCAUAUAGGAUUUGAUGGUCCCGCUGUGAAUUCACCAAGCUGGAUGACCGAGUUUAAAGCUCCACCUGGAAUUUCAUCAGGUUCUAAUGGAGAUCCAAACGACGUAAAAUGGGUUUCUGAUGAUUCUGCGAGUAGAAAAAAUUCCAUGGUUGCUUCAGAAUCUUCAUCAAGGGACUUGCCAGAACUGCCAAAAUCAUCUAGACGACAUUCAUCAAUGGGAGGAGUAGGUGAUUCUCCACCUAAGGAAAAAUCAGAUAAGCCUAAACAAUCCAGACGAUCUUCGAGAAAUGCGAACAAGGAAUCGGGCGAAGUCAAAUCAACCCGGCAAAAGAAUUCAGGCCCGCAAAAGAAUUCAGGCCAACUGGCCGACGGCGAGUCAAAUGCUGAUGCACCCAAAAAAAGUAGAAGAAAGAAAUCCAAAGAAUCCACUGCUAGUGGCUCAAUUUCCAAAUCUUCCCGAUCCAAAGCACAAGCUUCAGAUGGGGAUUGUGGAUCUGAAUCAGUAUCCAAAUCUCUUAACAUUGAUAACCGUGAGGAAGAUGCAGAAAAUGGAUUUACAGGUAUAUCUUGAGAAAUUGGUGUGGGUUUUUUUUUAUUUUUGUAAUUUUUUGUUCCUUAAUUCUUAUUCCAGUAGCUAGAAUGUUAGCUGAACCCAAGAGAACACCUUUUUCUUUUUCUCCCCUUCUAUGGGAUAUAUCACCUGGAACCUGUUGGUUCCAAAAUCAUUUCAUCUGUAAAGAAGAGUAUUAUAUGGUUAAUCUCACCAUAUUUCAGCCUAGAAAGUACUGAGAAGUCUUUAUAUUCAACUGUUUCAUUGAUAAGUGACAUAUUGCUCAGUAAACUUUAUUAUAUUUUCAGU